AUGGCCUCUAACGCUCCCAAUCCUCUCUCAUCGUCAUCCCUACCAUCCCUCAUGAUCUCCGCAAUUCCUCCUGCCCCGUCGGAGUUGGUCAAUUCGAUAGCCAGUGCACCCAUCCCAGGUCCUGCAAGCGCAGGAAAAUCAAACUACAGCAUCACUUCAAACAUUAUUUGCCGUGAUACCUGUGAAAACCGCGUAUCCAGCACUAUCCCUGCCGGUGAGGACCAAUCUCAUCUCCCCGCACAAGUCCCCGCAUCGACUAUCUCAGCCCCGGUCCAGUCGGGAAUCCAAUUCGUCAGCCUUCCGGUUGAGAUCCAUGAGAUUAUUCUAGAUUAUAUCUUUGGCAGAAGAGCGUCGGCUGGUAACCAUACAGCAUAUGGUGAAUCUUCUGCUCAGAACUGGAGCAAGGCUCUUCAUCAUCCGCGGCGGAAGGCCCUCGCCAACCUGGCCUUGACUUGCCGCGUGUGGACUGGACUUGUUCAAUGCCGAAUUUACCGCCAUAUCAGAAUCAAGGGCAGCAGAGAUGAACUGGCCAACUGUGCCCGGUGGUUCACGAGAAACCCCCAUUUGACUCCUUACGUCUGUCACGUUGAGAUUUGGAUGCCUAUCUGGGGAGAUAGGGCUCUUUCGCCUAACAUUUCCCGGUCGAAUGUGGAGCUGCAUGCCGCUCAGCCAGCCGCACGACGUGCAGGACACACGCAGGGGAAUCGUCCUUACCGGCACCAUAAUCAUGGAGAUAAUGUUUUCCAUUAUCAACGUCCAUCCAACAACGCUUCAUUGGAGGAAAUCUUCGGUCUUGGUGGCCACAGCAAGAACUCGCCUAUGAUUCAGCAUUUCCGCCAUAGUCAUGUCAUGUACAGUCUGCAGGCUCUCAUCCAGCGGCGCCUACCUGUUCUUGAACGCAUACAGACAUUUAUCAUGCGUGGUGCCUGGAAUCUGAUGCGACAACUUGAAGACUGGCACAACAUUUCACAGGCGUUGCCAUCCUUGAGCGAGUGGCAUUGUGCCUGGGCGCAACCCCAUCUGAAUGCCUACUUCAUCAUGAUACACAUCUUGAUCCACCCUCCAUUGACAAUCCGCCAUAUAAACCUUAGCCUGGAGGGAUUCUACAACAAGAGUGGUAGUUUGCUAGUUGGCCCUUCUGGGCCUCGAAACUCGCUUCCCCCAAUGUGCAGUCUGCUCGGCGAGGCAGUCCCGCGUUUAGAGUCAUUUACCUACACUGGUCGUGUGUGUUGGUUCUUUUUCGAGACAUUAAAGCAAGGAGCAACAGCAAUGCGUUCUCAUUCUCGGCUCAGGUCACUAGAUCUUGUAGUCAAGGCGUGCUGUCACAAUAAGCAGGUAGACAAACCGCAUCACUGGUCCCAGAUGGGUGCAGGGGUAGGAGGAAUUACCAGCAUUGCGUUCAUUCGUGCCUUCGAGGCAAUGGUGGUCAAGGCAAUCGAGUGUCUAUCCGUGCUCCCUACCCUGGAGUACUUGCGGAUCCGUUUCAUCGAUCUUGACUCGACCUGUCCGCCUCUGAACCCUUAUUUCCAACUUGUCAAUAACGAGUGCACAGGCCUAUGGAGUGAAGACAUCCUGGAAGCUUUGCGCGUUAACCGACCAUCUGCCUCAUUCAUCUCACUUGCAGAUGGAAUAACCGCGGAGUACAAUGACCAGCAGAUUGUGGGCGCUUUGGUACCUCGAGUUCGCCCCCUGGGUAUCCAAGUGAACACUUACAGUCUUCUUGCCGACAGCUCCAACCCUUACUAG